AUGGAUAAGCAGGUGAAGUUGAGUCUUGGAACCAUUAUACAAGUUAGCAUUGACUCAGUCAUCUUACAUAGCAAAUAUGAAUACGUGGCUAAAGUUGAGUCUUUUCGCAAUUACAGAGCUUCACAACUUUGUUUGUGUGGGAAUCUCACUGAUGAUGGCUGCAUAGAAGAAGAGAGGCAUGCUCUUUUGAAGUUCAGAGACAGCUCUGACAAUUACUCAAGGGAUGUUCUUGUAUGGGAAGGCAAAGAAUGCUGCAAAUGGAAAGGAGUCAAAUGUAAUGGCAUCAUUGGGCAUGUGGUCAAGAUUGAUCUCAGCCCAAUAACAAAUCCCAUGGUAGAAAAGUUAAAAAAUGGCCACGGUCCAUGUUUUGUUAACUGCACAUUGACAAGUAAAGCAAUGAGCCCUUCCUUAUUGGAGUUGAAACAUUUAAGCUACUUGGAUUUAUGCUUCGUUGAUUUUCAACAAAGUCAUAUCCCACCGUUCCUUGGGUCCAUGGAACAACUAAGGUAUCUUAAUCUUUCCCACUGUUCCUUUUGGGGUUGUGUGCCACAAUAUUUAGGAAACCUUACCAACUUGCAAAUUCUUGAUCUCAAUGGAGUUUACGUGGAUGGCUUAUGGGUUUGGAGAGAUCAAUUUCUUUACAUGGAUGACUUUACUUGGGUCUCUCAACUUUCUUCUUUGCGAUAUAUUAACAUGGGGGGAGUUCUCAUUGAGAAUGAUAUGAAUAUCAUAAUGCAGGUAAUCUAUAAUCUCCCAUUCUUGUUACAAGCAAACUUUAUGCAUUGUCAAUUUUUCUCCUAUAAUGCUUCUUAUGGGUUUGUGAACUCCUCCACAAUUCCUUCCAAGGUUCAAGUCUUGAAUCUUGGGGCAAAUAGUCUUGAUGCCAUACCCAAAGCUUUGCAAAACAUGACAUCCCUUAGAUCUCUUGACCUUUCGUGCAACAUUAUUGACUUUGUUCCAUUAUGGUUAGGGAAGUUCAGGUUUCUAGCUCAUUUGAAUCUAUCAACGAAUAGCAUUUCAGGUUUAUUCCCUACUGCUAUUCAAAACCUGUCAACCCUUACAUCCCUUGACAUUUCCGACAACAACAUUGACUCAGUUCCAUUAUGGCUAGGAGAGUUCACAUUUCUAGCCGAUCUGAAUCUAGCAAGGAAUAAACUCCUUGGUUUGUUCCCUACUACUAUUCAGAACAUUACUUCCCUUAGAUUUCUUGAUCUUUCCAGCAAUAAUCUAAUUUCUACAAUUCCAUUAUACUCUAUCAAGAGAAUUCAACAUGUCAAUCUUGCCAAAAAUAAAUUCUCUAUUGUCCAAAGUUCUUGUCCUCGAAAUUCCAACAUCAAUUGCAAUCUAAAAUCAUUUGACUUGUUUCCAGACAAUAAAUUUCAAGGAGAAAAAUUUGGAAGCUUAAAAAAUAUAUCAGUUUGCAUGAGCGAUCAUUUAAAAGCACUAGAUUUGAGUCACAAUGAGUUGAAAGAUCUCACAGAAAGCUUUGGCCAACUUAGGAAUCUAGCGAAGUUGAAUUUGGCUUCAAAUUUGUUAUGUGGCCCCAUCCCAUUAUUCUUUAGAAAUUUGACCAAAUUGAAAGAGCUAAUUCUUGAAGAUAAUCACUUCAAUGGAACAAUUCCAGCAUUCUUGGGGAGUUUGUUUUCCUUAAGGGUAUUAGAUCUUGCCGGCACAGGUCACAUCCCAGAUAGUCUUGGAAAGCUUCUAAACUUGAAAAUUUUAGAUCUUUCAACUAACUCCUUUGAAGGUGCUCUUAGGGAAAUUAUCCUUAGUAAUCUAUCCAAUCUCCAAGAAUUAAGGGUAGGGGUUAACAAGUUAUCUAUAGAGCUUCCAUCCAACUGGUUGCCUCCUUUUCAAUUGAUAGAUCUUAAUUUAUCAUCUUACAAAGUUGACACACCAUUUCCUCAAUGGCUUCAAAGCCAAAAGAGGUUAGUUGUGUUAGACUUAUCAUACACCAGUCUUUGGGGUAGCCUCCCAAUAUGGUUUCAACAAGAGGAUCUCAAUGUGCUAGAUCUCUCCAACAACAAGAUUAGUGGACAACUCCCAAGAAAUCUCCAUGACAUAAUGCCAAAUUUGAUUAGUUUGUUCCUUGAAUCUUUGAACCUAAGCAACAAUAGUUUGCUUGGAGAGCUUCCAUCAACCUUGUCAUCUUGCCACUUGUUAGAGAUUUUGGAUCAUGGCAACAAUCAAUUAUAUGGCAAUAUAUCUUCAACUUUUUGGGAAGGUACUACUAGGCUGAAAAUUCUAAGGCUUCACCAAAACAAUUUCAAUGGUAGUAUCCCAUCAAGCCUGUGUAAACUCCGAUACUUACAAAGCUUGGAUCUAGCAAGUAACAACUUAACUAGUACAAUUCCUUUUUGCAUUGGGAAUCUUAAGGGAAUGAUGAUAAAUAAAGCAUCAAACAAAGGAUCCAAGGUAGAUGAAGCUUCUGAACCUGUAGUUGCUCCUACACCCCCACCUACCCCACCGACAACUCCACCUUUUGAUCGAUGGGAAAGAGAAGAUGUCAAGCAAUUCAUGAAAGGAAGAGAACUUGACUUCACAAAAAAUCUCAAGUUUGUAAUUAAUAUGGACUUGUCAAAUAACAACCUAGUUGGCUUUAUACCAGAAGUUCUAACUUCUCUCACUGGAUUAGACAGCUUGAAUUUAUCACACAACUCUUUAUCAGGAGAAAUCCCAAGCAAAAUAGGGAAAAUGAAGUUUUUAGAAUCCUUGGACCUCUCAUGGAACCAACUUGAAGGCCCACUUCCAAGUAGCAUGUCUUCUUUGACAUCAUUGAGCCACUUGAAUUUGUCAUACAACAACUUUUCAGGGACAAUUCCAAAGGGAAGCCAAUUCCUCACUCUUAAGGAUUCAUCCAUUUAUAUUGGAAACCAAUAUCUCUGUGGAGAACCUGUGCUGAAAAAAUGCUCCCCAGAUGACAAUAAUGAAGCUCCAACUUAUGAAGGCCAAGACAACGACAACAAAAAAGAAAAGAUCCUGUUUUACUUUGUUGUUGCCCUUGAUUUUAUGACAGGAUUCUGGGGAGCUAUUGGAGUCCUAGUGUUCAACAAGAGUUUAAGGUAUAUUUGCUUUAGAUAUGUGGAGAAAAUAGCUGAUGAAAUAUAUGUAACAGUAGCAAUAAGAGUUGCAAGAAUCAAGAGAAUAUGGUAG